UCGCGGCAGAGGUGCAUUACAGUGUCCACGCUUCUCAUGGCUGUCGGUGCGAGCGUAGACGCGUUAUUUUGGACUUACCUUCUGCCGACCGUUAUCCUUUCGGCGACUGGGGCCUCCGCUGACAUCGUCUGGACACCAAUUCUACCAUCAUCUUCUGACCAGAUAGACCUAUGGACGGUGUCAGCAACAGGCUGUCACUGCACGUCUCCUGACGGGGCCUCACGAGAUACGCCCGAUGUCAGCAACGGCCGAGGAUGCGCCUGUUGCGUCCCGCGCGUUGCGUGCCCGUGUGGUGUCAGCAACCCGCAUCGUUGCGCACAGUGCGGUCUGCAACAUCACUGCAACAAAAUGUGCAACGUGACCAUCGACGGAGGGUUGCUGAGUGUGAGUGCAGGCACCCUCGGGGGGUCGUUGUCGCCCCCCGCUGACCUCACGCCCCCCCUCCUCUGCUGGUACUCUUUGAGCGCCCCUCCUGGACACAGGGUUGAGAUCCAGCUGCACAGGCUCAUCCAUGUCGGGUCAUCCAUCAACGGCACCGCAUGUAGAGGAGGCUACGUCGAGCUGUCUGACGGAGAACGUCGUCUGCGAGAAGAGCUCGGGGGCGACGCAGAGCUCAACGUUCCUGAAGACGGACGUCGCUUAGAAGACGUCCACCGCCCUGAUGGUCACACCGCCGUCAAAAUCUGCGGACAAGACCAGCGUCUUCAUCCGCCAGCCGUCAUCUUCAGCGAUACCGGCCGUGCAACCGUCAUAUACAGCUUAUCUGUGAAACUUCAUACAUCCGAAUCGUGCGACUGGCUGUACGAAGACAUCCACUGCACAUCCGAGCGUCCGUGCCACCUAACAUCCCCCGGGCACCCUGGUCUCUACCCGCCCCACACGCGCUGUAAAUAUCUCUUCGCCAUGCGCUCAGCUGCCGCUACGGGAACACUGAGCUUUACAGUCAUGGACCUGCCUACAGGGUCCUGUAGCAGCAACUACAUCGCGCUGUAUGCCGGCACCUCGACGAGCAGCGCCCUCAUAGCAACGCUGUGCGGCACAGAGCAUCAGGUCGUCACCUUCUCGGGACCAAGCGUAUUGCUCGAGUUCAGAGCCAAUGACAGCAUAUCUCAAGUCUGCCGCUUCCAUCUGAGUGCUGAAUUGUUCGCGUGCGACUGGCUGUACGAAGACAUCCACUGCACAUCGGAGCGCCCAUGCCACCUAACGUCUCCCGGGCACCCUGGUCUCUACCCGCCACACACGCGCUGUGAUCUGAACGGUGCCAACUCUCGUGCCCCGAGUGAAUGUGUGCGCGUGUUCUGGGGCAAUGAAUCGUCGAGCGGCAACUUCGAUACAUCAACGUACAUCCCACACUCACCUACGCCACUAACUUAUUCUGUCAAAACUGAAGCUCCGUUAUCAACGAUGCCACCGAAGAAGAAGAAAAGGAAAAAUCGUCAUUCCGUGGAAAUUCCAUAUAAAGUUUCUUAUAAAAAUGUUUCGGUAGGUAAUGUUUUUGACAGCGGUGAGUCCUACAUUUCGAAUGGAAUAAAUUUUCCGCGGAGCACCAAGCUGCGAAGACAGUUGAAAUUUUUGGAUACUUACCUGGAGUCAUCUGAGGACACCAAAGAUGGUUUAGCGCCUGAUAAUCCUGUAAAACAUUGCACCCUUCGGUUCAUUGGCAGUCAAGACGAAGUUAUUCAGAUUUCCCUCUUCAAGUAUCAGCUCGGGGGCUGGAAAUGCUCCUCAGACGCUGCGAUAUACGACGGCAUCGCCGGAGAGACAGGAGACAACCUACUGCGCCACAUUUGUGGUCCCGUCACACGGGAACCUAAAGACGCAAACGAUAAUUUUCUUCAGCCUGAAUUGUUCACGUCGUCCGGUAGCGUCAUGGAGGUGCACCUCAAGUUCGGUCCCGGGACCGAUCCUCAUCGUCAGUUUCUGGCUGGGGCUUAUCAGUUCCACAAUUCACACAUGUCGGGAACAAAGAAACCUAACAGCGCGUGCGAUGUGAUGUUCUACGGAGCCGCAAGCUCGUCAAGGGGCAAAAUCCAGCAGCCUGGAGCGUCGCUGCUCUGGAACAUGGAAGGUCCUUUGUCGUGCAGCUACCUCAUGGUGCCCGCUGUCAAUCAGUCACUCACUCUCGUGUUGCAUGCCAUGGCUGGAGUGCGGGGAUCACGUCACUGUGCCACGUAUUGUGGCUCCGAGGGGUGCCAGUGUCAGCCCACCCAGUUACCCCUCUCGCAGGUCGACCAUCUGCUCUUCUUGGACACCAAACUGCAGCGCAUCAUCGGGUGUCUCUGUGGAGACGUGCAGCUGCUACCACCCAUGCGGUUGCGCUCGACUGGAGGGGUUGAAGUGAGGUAUCACCUCGGCCACUACUCGUGGCUCAGCCCAGGCUUCAACUUCACCCUGGAAUAUGCCUUCCCCCCGCCUACCGUGUGUGGUCAGCUCUUCCAUAACACUCCUGCAGGUUUGCUCGUUCCUCCUUCGGAUGACAGCGUACCGAGCUCUACAUUCCUGCACACCAACUGCCCUUGGGUGAUCGAAAUACCAAUCGAUGUCGUCCUUACGGUCAUCGUCCAGCCGCCCACCAAUGGAUCGUGCACCACUUGGAACCUAACUAUCGGGGCCUUCACCCGCGCUGGUGGUUGGCAAGGCAUGGGUGAGGUGUGCGGGGGCGGCAUACGGCGACAGUUUACCUACCGCGCCGACCACAGCGCUGCCGCAGUCACGUGA